CAAGAAGACUUUUCCAUGCACACCAGGACAACAUAUACGAAAACUGCCUCUUAUCAAAGUGCAAGGAUUUUACUAAAAGUCAACUGAAGAAAUUUAGGAAUUUUCUGAUCAUCAAGACAGAAUGGAGGUAAAAGUGUAUGUCGAAGGAGUUCAGCGCAUAGUUUGUGGAGUCACUGAGAAAACAACAUGUCAGGAGGUGGUCGUCGCUUUAGCCCGGGCACUUGGUCGCACUGGUCGAUACACUCUGAGAGAAAAAUUCAAGGAAUAUGAACGUAAUGUGACUCCAGAUGAACGUCUCUUAGAGUCCUUAGAGAAAUAUGGUGAGCAAGCUAAGGAGGUGCAGCUCACUUUGAAGCACAUCGGCCCAUCCCUCGGGGAAGAAACAAACCAGCCCAAAGCCCAAAUGAGGCGAGCGGAGGGGACAGGGAGAGCCCGGAGAGGCAGUGGGGCAAUUGCCCAACACCGCCAGAGCCUCCCACCGCUAUCACGCCUCUGCCUGCACUCCGAGCCACCGCCCGAGGAACCAAAGAGACCCAAACGGAAGUCGCUAACACUAAUGGAAGAAGCAUGGGGCUGGUUGGAAAACUUGGGCAGAGGCGGGAGGCAGCAAUCAGGACGAGAUAAGGGGAAAGAGGAGGGCAAUAAAGGAAAUGGGCUCUCAGAUAACACGUCUCUCAAACCAACCAAAACUUCCCCGUCCACUGGGAUGCCGCAGGCAAGAGACAAAAAAGACAAAAAUAGAGUUGUGCCACAUCAGCCUUUGAUCAGUUGCCUUGGGAACCGUGGGAGAUGCACUGAUGAGAGUGCUGUAUGUGAAGGACUAGAGGAAGAGAAACAGAAAGCCACAGAGGACAUGAAAACCAUAAGUCCGGUGAUUCCUCUGGUCCAACCGAUCCAAAAAGAGACAGAGAGUCAGGAGAUUGUAGAGUUAAGAAGACUAGUUGUCCAACAACAGGCCGGUCUGCAAGAACUAAAGCAGAAAAUAGAGUCGGCAGACCAGUUGAUCCUUGAGCUUGAGCAACAAGCUACCAGGGAGGUUUCCGACCAGCCGUCGGAGGAAGAGGAGCAGCUCAAUUUCUGGCUCAAUGAGCUCAAAGCAGAAGAAGUCUUUGAGAAAGACCUUCAAAAGCAGUUCCUUCAGAUAAAAGAGGAAGCCGCUGACUGCAAAGCUAAACUAGAAGAGUACAAACAAAAACUGCAAACGAUGGACUUGAGAAACUCACAGCACCCUGAAAACAUCCAAGCAGAUGCACUAAAACCUGCCCAAACAAGCGUCAAACAAAUACGGAUCUCAGCAGAUGGAUCCCAUGGAGAUGCUGGAACAAAAAGGGUGGUCACAACGCUGGAGUCCAAACUCCCGUAUGUGCUUGUUUCAGCAAACCAAAUAUCAAAUCCUCCUCUAAGCGGACCAGAAGAUCUGAGGGAAUGGUGGACGCGAUGGUCUCAGAGACAGAAUCCAACAUCGGUGACAAAACCCAAGAUUGUUCACCGCUCUGAAAUCACCAUACAGUUGGGAAGCACCAGAGUUUAAGUACCCUGAAACUUCUAGACCAGCUUUCUUUUAGGUUUUAUGGAUACCUCAUUCAUUUUUAAAGGGUUAGUUCAUCAAAAAAAUGAAAAUUAUGUCAUUAAUUACCCUCAUGUCAUUCCAAACCCUUAAGACCGUUCAUCGUUCAGUAAGAGUCCUACCAUGGUUAGGGAACAGAAACGUAGUAAGGACAUCGUUAAGAUAGUCCAUGUGACAUCAGUGGUUCAACCGUAAUUUUAUGUAACUACAAGAAUACUUUUUGUGCGCAAAUUAACUACUUUAUUCAACAAUUCUUCUUCUCCACACCACAGUAGGCAACAUUACUGAGAGUACCAAGACCAUUACUUUUCCUCUCAUUCCUUUGCUUGUAAAACAAGGCUCAGUGCAUGCUUCGUGGUACCCACAUUAAUGGUGACAGACUGUCCCAGUAGAAUAAAUCGUUGAAUGAAGUUAUUUUUGUUUUUCCGCACAAAAAGUUGUAGCUUCGUAAAAUUACGGUUGAACCCAGUAGGAUUGGAUCCACAUCUAGGGGGUGGAGAUAGGUAGGUUUAAGGAUAUGUAAGGUGGGAGGAGUUGGAUCUGUAUCCAACCUUGCCCCCUAGAUCUUGUGUCCUGAAGUGAGGACCAUCUCGCUGAACCACUGAUAUCACAUGGACUAUUUUAACAAUGUCCUUACUGCAUUUCUGUGCCUUGACCAUGGCCUAAGAUCCUUGC